GUACCAUAUAAAAGCAAAUUUUAUUAAAUUUGUAUUUAUUAUUAACAAAAAUGUUUUAUAAAGUUGUGAUUUUAACACUUUGUGCUUACAUUGCACUAUCAUCAGCUCAAAAAUUUACCUCAGAGCAAGUAAAAUGUCAUGUUUGCAAAGCGGUCGUGCAGGAAAUCGAAGAUGAAGUUUCCAAAGUAGAUCCCGCCAAGAGAGUAGAUGUCAGUGGUUUCAGAUUGGAUGCCAGUGGAAAUGCAAUUAGCAAAAGUGUUCCUAUGGCCAAAUCCGAAAUGUUUUUAACUGAAGUCAUGGAAAAGAUUUGUGAUAGAAUGGAAGACUACUUAAGGGCCACCCACAAAAAGACUGGUAAAUUUAUGUUAAUGAAAAUUAUGGUUGAUGGCAAAAUGAAUCCCGAGUCAAGCAAUGUCGACUUUAUACAAGACGAAGAUCUUAACAAAAGCCUGGGACAUUACUGUCUAGAAAUUUUGGAAGAUCACGAAGAGGCAUUUUUAAAAAGCUUCCAGUCACCUACACUGGACGAAAAUUUAGACAUACAAAUUUGUUCCUCACAGUCCAAGUAUUGUAAAGAUGCUCCACUCCAGGAGGACUAUGAAUUUGAUGAUAAAGACGAACUGUGAUUUUAUAUUGUUAAUAAACUGCUUUAGUUACCAUGCAAAACUGAAAACGUUUCUAAGCCUGCCUUAAUAGAAAAUGUUUAAAUUAAUUUAUUAUCCAUGUUAAUAUUUAACAUUUUAUUUUAUACAAACAUUUAAUAAAUAGAAAAUAAAAAUUUA